AUGGAGACAAAACGUCAAUGCAGCUUCGCGAAGAGGAUCUCAAACGAGCCGAUGCCAUUUGAGCCCCAAAGUCCGUACCUAGCGACGUCACCAUGUGAAAGCCGCCAAAGAACUGAUUGGACUCCAAACAGGAGAUCGCACGGCACGAGAUCCUCGUGGCAUCUCGUCCAGGAGGAUCAGGCUUUGUCACUAUCAGAAACUCAGAAUGCUGAAAGCUACUACCUCUCCUCCACAUGCCUUGAGGCCGUCCCGUGCCUGCUACAGGCCGGCUUUCUCUCUCAGUGCAAGAACUUCGUCCUCGCCUCUAACCUCCAACCCAAAGGUCGACCCUCCCUCCAUCUCCUGAACAUUUCCCGGUUUCUGUCGUCGGAGAAACCGAAAUCUUUGAUCCAGGAGCUACAAAGGCAGCUCUCUUCCAGGAUCAACGAUGCCUCACUGGUGCUGAAGAAUGCGCCGCAGAGGCUUCUGGAUGCAAUAGUUGACUCAACCUUCAAGUUUACUCAUCAAGCUCUGCUCCCAUCUGAGAGCAACUUUGCACCGGUCGAUGAGAUCGGUGGAUCCGUAGAGAUACUCCAGAUUGAAGGAGAGAUACCCAAAGAUUUCCCCGAGGGUGUAUACAUCAGAAAUGGUGAUCAUCUGCAUCUUUUCUGGUUGCUGUGGUGUUCCAAUCCUCUCUUUGGCGCCCUCCAUUCGACGGUCUCCGUCUUUGGGGAGUCCAGUGAGAUAUGGGUUGAGGGCGAGGGCAUGCUCCAUGCCCUGUACUUCACCAAGACCGGUUCAGCUUCUUCUUGGUCAGUCUCCUACGACAAUCGCUACGUGCAAUCCGAAACAUUGAAGAUCGAACAAGGCCGCCGGAAACCAUGCUUCCUCCCUGCUAUCGAGGGUGACUCGGCAGCCAUCAUCGUCGCCUACAUUCUCAACUAUCUGAGGUUUGGCAAGGUGAACAAGAACAUCACCAACACCAAUGUGUUUGAACAUGCCGGUAGGGUGUACGCUGUCGCAGAAAGCCAUCAGCCCCAGGAAAUCUGCAUACAAAAUCUUGAAACAGGCAAUACCUGGGACAUUGGUGGGGAGUGGGAUCGGCCCUUCACAGCUCACCCAAAGGUAGCUCCUGGAUCAGGAGAACUUGUCAUCUUUGGCUCAGAUGCAAAGAAGCCUUUCCUAGUUGUUGGUGUUGUCUCAGAUGAUGGAACCAAACUAAAACAUAAAGUUGACCUCAAGCUGAACAGAUCUACACUUUGUCACGACAUAGGAGUUACUCUGAAGUACAACAUAAUCAUAGAUAUACCACUUACUAUUGACAUUGGUAGACUCACUACAGGCGGUCAGCUGAUUGAAUUUGAGAAGGAAGGUUAUGCAAGAAUUGGGAUUAUGCCCCGCUAUGGUGACGCAGAGUCAGUUAUGUGGUUCGAUGUUGAACCAUUCUGCAUGUUCCAUCUUAUCAACUGCUUCGAAGAAGGUGAUGAGGUUGUUGUUCAAGGCCUCCGUUCGGCAGACUCCGUCAUACCAGGGCCAAGAUUAAACAAACAAGACAUACUCCCUGAAAGAUCCGAGCUUAAAAAAGAUGGCAAGGCCAUGAAACAAGGAAUUAAUGAGAAAUUAUUCUCUCGCUUGUUUGAAUGGAGAUUAAACCUGAGAACGAAGACUGUUUCAGGGGAAUAUUUGACUGGCACCGAGUGCUCCUUGGAAUUCCCAAUGAUCAAUAACCACUACACAGGCGUGCGUCAUAGUUAUGGCUACGCACAAAUAGUGGAUUCUUUAACAAGAUCUGCUGGCAGUAGUGAAAAAGUACUCCCAAAGUAUGGGGGCUUUGCAAAACUAUGCCUUGAGGAGAGAGAGGAUACAGAGGUGCACAUUAUUGAUACCCAAAAAUUUGAAGGAGCUCCUGUUGCAAAAAUAACAUUGCCACAAAGAGUGCCCUAUGGCUUUCAUGGAACUUUUGUCCAUAACAACAUACAUGGGCACGUUCAGGCCACCGCGAGGUGUAUUACCUUACGUCCUGCUCUAGCUCUUGAUGAGCUUAUAUGA